CUCUUCAUCUUCUCGCCCUCCUCUUCGCGCCGUCCUCUUCCUCCUCUCACCCUCCUCUUCCUCUUCUCGCCCUCCUCAGCGACGCUGCUCCAGUUCCUCCCCCAGCUGGAGGAAGUGGACGUCUCGUGGAACGAUCUGAUUGGUGGAUGUCUGAAGGCGCUGACCACUCACCUCCAGCAUGUGGGCGGGAUCAGGAAGCUGAGGCUCUGCAGCUGUAGGCUCGACGCCGAUGACGUCGCUGCUCUGGGUGACGCUCUCGGCUGCACGCUUCUCUUGGAGAUCGUCGAUUUGUCCUGGAACAGUGGCGUCGGGGGCGGCGCUUUGCAAGGCCUGCUGGGUAAACUCCCCCCGCCACUGAGGGAGCUCCACCUGGUGGCCUGCCAGCUCACUGCAGCUGAUGCCGCUGUACUGGGAGGAAUGGUGUCUUCUCUCCCCAGACUCUGUGUGCUGGACGUCUCCUGUAAUCCUCAGCUCAUGCAGGAGGAUGACGCCGGCGGCUUCAGAGCGCUGGCUUCCUCUCUCUGUCACGCCGCCUCGCUCACCACGCUUCGCUUGCAGGCCUGCGGUCUGACGGCGGACGGCCUGGACUCUCUCGGUGGUUCGCUCUGUUGCCUCCCCGCUUUGCGAGAGUUAGACCUGUCCAGGAACAAAGGUCUGGCUGGGGGACUGAACCGGCUCACGCUCCACCUGGCUCACCUCACACACCUGGAGAGCCUCGACCUCCACCUCUGCUGUCUCAAACCCACCGAUCUGGAAGCUCUGAUCCAGGUGCUCCCCUCUCUGACGAUGCUGGCGGAGCUUGACGUGUCGUCCAAUCAGCAGGCAGGAGGCGUGGUCCAACCGCUGGUCUCCGCCCUUCCUCUGACUCAGAUGAGGCGCCUGCCCCUGAACAGCUGCAGCCUGAACCAGGAGUCCUUCACCGCAUUGGGUACAAGCUAUGUACAACAUACAGUAUACUAAAUACUACUGAUACUGCUAGAGCUAGAAGUACAACUACUAUUAGUACUAACACUGCUAGAGGUAGAACUACAACUACUAUUAGUACUAACACUGCUGAGGUAGAACU